ACGUUGAAGUGAACUCUUGCUGCUGCGGGCUGGGGAGGAGACGGUUUAAAGGGUGAAUAUCGAACGGAAAUUUGGUUCCACAACAUGGGAGUGGAAGACUUGUGCUAAGGACCAAAGCGAAUCGGUGAACACUUUGUUUUCUCCCAUCGCUACUGGGAAUGUCGAAAGCCUAACUAAGAUCAAGCCCUUCUCCUUGGAGCCUGACGUCUUCCUGUACAUGAGGGUCCAUGGCAUCUGAAAAUUCCAGUGGCUCUCAGUAUGCCCUCACUGCCCUGGGGGUUGGCAUGCUUGCCCUGGGAAUCAUCAUGAUGGUCUGGAGUGUUGUACCAGGAUUUGGAAAAGACAACGCCACUUCAGGUGGCAACAGCAGCUCGCCGACUGCAGAGGGAUCAAAAACGAAAGUGUCACAAGUGUCCUACAUUCUGUGCGCUGGAGGAGUGGUCCUGCUGCUGCUGUCCAUCUGCCUGAGUGUCCGUGAAAAGAGGAGGCGUAGGACGCAGGAGGAAGUGCACAAUGCUCCCUGCGAGUCAACCAUGCUGCCAGACAAUGCCCCAGACCUCAGCGAGCGGUUGGCUGUGCCGAGUUACGACGAGGUCAUGCAAGGAGAGCCCUCCCAGCCAAGAGGAGACGCUGAGGCCACUCUGGGGGACCAAACAAUGGCUGCUCUUCCCUCUUACGAGUCGCUGGUGGACGUUGGUGUGGCGCCGACCGCAACUGGGGUCGCAGGGCCUAGUGCCACUGCUCAGCCAGGGAACGGGCAGACAUCGAGCCGCCCGGGCAGACGCUUCAGCUCGAAGAGGAUCCGCCGAAUUCUGUCGGAUAAAUCGCACCUCAAGAAUUUCAGGCUCCACUUAAGCAACCUCAACAGCACAGUGGUCAAUCUAGAACCACUCACCCCUCCCCCACAAUAUGAAGAUGGAGUAGAGAAGAGUUUCGAGAACCUAAAGCCAUCUUGAGUUGGCGCAAAGUGACAACAGCAGCCCACAAAGGGGCGGGGGGGUUUACUCGUUGACUAUGUGUGGAUCCUGAGGAUCUGGUCUGAUUGAUCUGUGCAUGUUUUGUGAAACGUGAGCAUUUUCCCUAUUAACAGGAAUUCCGUAGCUCCCGCAAUUACUUUCCCACCAGCAUAUGGUUCCCAGGAGUUUAUCCACCCAUUUCUUUGCCAUUUGCAGUUCUGUUACAUUCCCACGCUCUCUGCUGUGUAGAUCUGAACUGUCUGAAAUGAAUGGGUGGCUGAAUUGCCCCAAUGCUUACUGUCCUGUUUCUAUCCCACUGCCUUCAUGGACAACAGGCCUGUCGUUAGUGGAGCUCAGCAUUGGGCAGAUGGAACGGCUGUGAUCCCAAUAGAAAUCUGAAGAUGUUUAAAGGCAUUCUGAAAGGUCACUUGUUUGAUUUACUGUACAACCUUCCACCUCCCCUUCUGUCUGACAGCUAGUACUAGGGAGGAGGCUGGAGAAAGGGGCAUUAUGCCAUUGGUGGCCACUGGCUGUGCUGCUUUCCAACAAGCACUCAGUCACUUAACAGGAGACUGGCGAUUCUGAAGUUUUUUCUGUUUCAUACUGGCCUCAAAUUCUAUUCGAAUUCAGUGAGGAAAGUGAUUCUAUCUGGGGCAAUUCUACCUCUUGGUGCAAUGAGUUGAUUAUCAUUUGUACAAAGGAUCAAAUUUUCAAAUUGAGACUAGCAACAUACUGAACAGUUUCAGAAAGAGAAUCAUGCUCUUAGUCAAUAAAAUCCUAACCAGUGGUGGCAGCAACAAUCUCUGGGCUGUAAGCUUUUAUUUCAUGGAGAAGGUUCUUCAACUUGACAAGCACCACAUUUCUUCGUGACUUGGGAGAAAUCUAAACCAACAUCUACGGGGACCGCUGGACACUGGGACCGCUGAACACUGGUAAAAGUGAAUGCCCCAAAGGGGGAGUUUGAGAUCCCUCUUUUUGUAUUUUAAAUUGAGAAGAUUCAGAAUCAUGUCUCCGUUCUCCAAAUUGACUUAUUAGUAAAACUGGACGGUCAGGUCUGCUAUUCCAAACCUGCUCUUUGAGCAGGUCAUUGACAAAUCGAUGUUUUCCUGACAGGACUUUGCCUCUUUCUACGAUAAUUAAACUGUGUUAAAGGCAUUGUGUGACUUUUUAAAAUUUAAUAAAACUUAAGGAGACUGAUAACUGAACUACCAUUUGGCACUGAUGGGGAAUGGAUAUUUAGCAGGUUGUGCCUCGUGUUCCUCGCCUUUGCCAGGAGACAAUAGGGCAGGUGCAUAACCCAACCUUUUUUGUUUUUGUUUUAGCUAUCGGUCUUUAAAUGUUAUGAAACACUUGUCAUUCCCUAUCUCCACUCCGUCCCUCCCACAUCCCCUCCAAUGUUCUCCAGCUCAGUUUUCAUUAUAUACAGUAAGAUACAUGCAUCCUUCAUUUUAAAAGGGUAAUUUUCUCCCCCUCCAACACUAGUUAUUUUGUAGUAAUUCACUUCAUGGGUGAGGGAAAUACACUGUUUCUACUGUGCUUAAUUUUUUGAAUAUAAUUUCUGGUCUUCCCCUUUUUUAAGAGGCAUGUGACUGAAUUACACUGCUGUUUCAAAUAAUUAUUCACAAGUGUUUUUUUGGGUCAACUGUCUUCUCUCUCAAUUGCAUGUAAUUCCCAUUUGACUUGGUGCUAAAGACAUCACUGCAGCAUAGACAAACAAAAGUGCCAUUCACCUCUUGUGCACAAACUACCCAUAGUAGCCGAGUGUCCAAUCAGCUUCCAAUGAUUGAUAUUGAUGCACUUGGCUAUUCCCCCUACCCCUAACCUGCAAAAGCUAUUUGUCAGAUUUAACCCACCUUCCUGUAUUUCACUCCCCUAAUGUAGGACUGCUGACAGUGCUCUCCAAAUCAAAAUCAAAGGUGGAAUACAAUUCCAGAAUCUUGGUGUGAAAACUUUACAAUUCCCAGGGUUACAAUUUAUUUGACUUUUUUUUUUCCCCAGUGAUCCAUAAUUCUCCCUGUUCACUCCUAUCACUGAUGUUAAAACUCAUUGGUCUAACCUCUGAGCUGACUGGAGGCAGUUUCUUAUACAUUUGAUGUUCUAGACAACUUGUAUGAAUUCUUUAUAUAUAAAAAAAAAUGUAGUGCAUUGUGAACUUAACUGGACUAUACUACAAACAUUUCAAAUUUCUUUGCGUUUUUUUUAAUAGUCAGAUAUCUGUCUGGGAAUUGGUGGCUGAUUUCAGGAAUCUGUUUGGGAAGUGGAUUGGGAAUCAGUGUUAGGCAGUAAAUUUUUGGGCUGAAGUGUCAUGACCGGAAGGUCUCUUGCUUGACCUUCAGUACAGUUUAUUAGCUCAAACUCUCAGGUAAAAUCAGCCAGCAAAAAUCACCAGUGUUGUCCUUUCUUGGGUCGAGACUGUGUACCAAUGCAGGAUAGAUGGAUUGGGGUGAGUGGGGUGUGAAAUGUUUUUUAAAAGUUGGAUCCCCUUCUAAUAAAUUCUGAUUUAAUUUGUGCGCGGCAAGAUCAAUGUUUUUGUUUGUGAAUAGAAACACUACCCCAUUCUCUCUUUGAUUCUAAAGUGUGAAAUUGUUGCAUGUGUCUGCUAUGUAAAUUUGGCUAGACUUUGUUUUUCCCCAAAGCUACGUCUGCACCCUUGGAGUAUUCACUCUCCUCUCUGCCAUCUGAACAAGUACUUUGUUCCCCACCAGUAAUCCUUUUAAAUUCCAACAAUGGCAUCUAAUUGUGGGGGAGCUAUUGAGUUGUAAAGCCAGCCACUGCUCGAUUAUUGACGCUGGUUCAGUUUGGAUUCCUGUUUUUUAUACCAAACCCAAGCAAGAAUGAACAGAAUGGUCUUUUUUUUUAAAUAACUGCACUUGGGAGAAAUGUUGUUUCCUUUUUAAUUCUCAUUAU